AUGGAAUUCAGAUUGUGGUCCGAAAGGAUCGCCCUCUGGGACCACUACCAACAUUCGACCUCGUCCAAGGAGCCCAUGUUCCAGUUUCUUUUUUCAUACUAUUUCACUUCCUCUGCCGCAGCCUACGAGGAGGAGGACGACGAAGAAGAAACUUUUUGGGACGAAGAAGAAAUACUUCGGCUGGCUCAAGAACACUCCCAAAAAACUCGCGCUCCAAUUUGGUGUACGCAAAGCUCCAAAACUCUUCUUCACUACCAUCUCAUC